AUCAGUCACCCUUCGACAGCAUCAACGACAACAUGAGCUUCAAGUCUUGCAUUCUCACCCUCAUCCUCGGGGCCGCCGUGGUCAGCGCCGGUUACGUAGCUCAAGUCGGCAGCGGACACGGAGGCGGCUACGGCGGCCUCGGCGGCAGCGCAGCCGUCUACGCCGGCGUGCAGAGUGCCUACAGCGGCUACGGAGGUGGCAUUAGCGUUGGUCACGGGGGCUCCUCCUCCUACCACGGACCAAGCUACUUCGUGGCUCCCGCCGGCAACUACCACGGAGGCUACUUCGGCGGCAGCCUCGGCGGCAUCGGCCAUGGCGGAAGCGGCUACGGCGCUGGAUCAGCUGGAGGAUAUGGACACUAGAAAACCUCUUGAAAUCUAUCAGUGAAGACAUUUCAGAAGACAAAUAUCCAUAUAUAUCGAGUUGAUUUCAUACAUUACAUUCUUUUUCACAAGAUGCCUUAUCAACGACUUAAAUCAUGUGUAUUACUUAGAUUGUAACAAAUAAAACAUUUGCCAA